AUGCUUAUAAAUUCACUGAAAAUAUCGAACUUGUGUAUAUUUUCUCGCAAAAUGUCUUCAACUUUACAAAUCAAUUUGGGCCUAAAUUUGGAAAGAAAACUGCCUGAUACACAAAUUGUGAUACUUGGACGGAAAAAAUUUCUUAAAGGAUUGGAAUUUGAAAAGAACCAACUUUCGAAGAAAUUUGAGCCUUUGGUUGGGAAUGAUUUGUUUAAAAAGGCUAUUAAUCAAAUUGAAACGAAUGGAGGUUCUGUUCCGUUAUAUUUGGAUCUUGCCAAGAUUGUUUCUGUUUCCGAUGAUAUUUCUCGUCACAACACUCCAUCAAAUGCUUAUGCAAUUACUAGAGAAGUGAAGGCUAUAAAAUCGAUUAAAGGAAUUAAGUUCUGAGGACAUUUUAGGGCUUAUAAUCAUAUGGGCUCAUAAUGGUCAGAGCAUCCAUACCCUUUCCUUAUUGUUUUCAAAGGAGCUAUGAGUGGUUGGGUGAUAUUAAAAGUUGGAAUGGGGUUUCUUUUUAUUUCUGACUAUUAUGAGUCCGCACAAAUAUGUCCGCAAAACAAGUGUGAACAAUUGGGUGGACUGCUGUCCUUCGAUCCAUGGCCCCUUCU